AACAACAACGACCAGACAAGGACAUUCCUGAAUCUUCAUUAUUCAUCAUAAACAAUAAAAAGUUGUGUUUUUUCUCUUCUACCCAAUAAAACUUUCUUCAGAUCCCAGAUUCCAAAUUCCCUCCAAAUUAUCCAAAUUCAUAGGUUUAUUCAAUUCUCACUUUUACACAUUAUGUUUGCAUGUGCAGGAUUCUUUGAUUUCUUGUUUGGCUGCUGAGAAAGUUUAAAGAAAACCAAGAAAAGAUUACAGGAAGGUGAUUACAAAACAGUAAAAAAAUGAAGAAUUCUGUAUCAGAACAGAGUUUUUACAUAGAGAGUGAAGAUGAAGAUGAAGAGAGUAAUAGAGGAGGUGAAGAAGAUGAUGGAAAUGAAUCUGAUUCUGAUGAUUCUUUGGCUGAUAAUAGACAACAAAGCAAAGUUGGUUCUUACAACACUUCUUGGCCACAAAGUUACAGGCAGUCGAUUGAUCUAUACAGUAGCGUACAAUCUCCAAGUAUAAUUUUGGGAACACCGACACUGUCAAGAUUAGGCAGUUCAUUUCUAUCCUCUUCAAUACUAACAAGAAGACACACACCGGAAUCACUACCUUUCAUUACAAAACCUCUAAUUUCAAAGGUAGAAGAUGAACAAUUACCGCCACAAAGACGGAGUUCUCAUUCUUUACUUCCUCCAAUUCCGUCAAGAAGAUCUUCUAUUAAAAAAGAUGAUAAAGUAUCUUAUCUUUCACAUGAAGUUCCAAUGUCUCGCCAAAGCUCCAACAGCCAAGCUGUACUUAAUGGAAUUAAUGUUUUAUGUGGAGUCGGACUUUUAUCGACUUCUUACGCUGCGAAAGAGGGUGGAUGGAUCGGACUUUCUAUAUUGUUUAUAUUUGCAGUGCUUUCCUUUUACACCGGAUUGCUUCUGCGUUACUGUUUAGACAGUGAACCCGGCCUUGAAACAUAUCCUGAUAUUGGCCAAGCUGCUUUCGGUACAACUGGACGGAUUGUCAUUUCCAUAAUCUUAUACAUUGAGCUAUAUGCUUGUUGUGUUGAAUAUAUAAUUUUGGAGGGUGACAACUUAUCCUCUUUAUUUCCAAAUGCCCAUUUAAGUUUUGGUGGACUGGAAUUAAAUUCACACCACUUGUUUGCUCUGCUGGCCACCCUUGCUGUUCUUCCAACUGUUUGGCUCCGAGACCUCAGUGUGCUAAGCUAUAUUUCCGCUGGUGGAGUGAUUGCUUCAAUAAUGGUGGUCCUUUGCUUAUUUUGGGUUGGUCUAGUUGAUCAAGUUGGCAUUCAUAGCAAAGGGACACCAUUGAACCUUGGAGGUCUUCCUGUUGCUAUCGGACUUUAUGGUUAUUGCUACUCAGGACAUGCCGUCUUCCCAAACAUUUAUACCUCUAUGGCACAACCUAACAAAUACCCAAAAGUUCUCUUAAUAUGCUUUGGUAUAUGUACUUUGAUGUAUGCUGGAGUUGCUAUAAUGGGAUACACAAUGUUCGGAGAGUCAACAGAAUCUCAGUUCACUCUUAACAUGCCUCAGGAUCUUGUUGCCUCUAAGAUUGCUUUGUGGACCACGGUAGUGAAUCCAUUUACCAAGUAUGCAUUAACCAUUUCUCCGGUGGCAAUGAGUCUCGAGGAGUUGAUACCAUCAAACCAUAUGAAGUCUCAUGUUUAUGCCAUCUGCAUUAGGACAGCACUGGUGAUCUCCACUUUGCUUGUCGGUCUCGCCAUUCCUUUCUUCGGUCUGGUGAUGUCAUUAAUUGGAUCUUUACUCACAAUGCUUGUUACCUUGAUACUUCCAUGUGCUUGUUUCCUGAGCAUCUUGAGGGGUAAAGCAACAAGAUUUCAGGCUACGUUUUGUAUCAUAAUCAUUAUAGUAGGAGUCAUAUCAUCGGUUGUCGGAACUUACUCGGCCCUCUCGAAGAUCAUUGAGAGAUUGUGCAGCUGAAUUUUGUGUUACGACGCUCCGUCAACAAAGAGUUUAUACUAUCUCUUUAUUCUCCAUUUCCAACAUUCAUACUAUUUUUUGUAGUCUGCAAUUUUGAUAUUUAAAAUGAAACUAAACAAAGAACAAAUAUGAGUGAGUAUGUGAAAGUGGAUGCAAUUCAGAAUUAGAAUACUAAAAAAUUUGAAUUUGUGUAGGAA